AUGGCACCAUUCCUCGUGGACCCGGUGUCGACCUUCACGCUACCGGAGCGGAGGAAAACAAAAAUCCACAAGACCAGCCACUCAUCGGGCAGCAAGCUCUCAAAACCAGCAGCAAUCGCUAUCGCCGUGGUCGUGGCGGUGGUGCUCAUCGCCGCCAUCGUCGCGUCCAUCAUCAUACAGAGGCGGCGCAAGGCCAGGAGCAGGGCCAACAAGCACAGCAGCACGCUGCCGGGGUUCAGCACGGACAACGGCGGCGGCCUGUAUGGCAGGAUGCCCAGCUACUACGCCGGGAGCAGGGACGGCGGCGGCCAGCAUCAGCUCCACGGGGGUGAGGCCGCGCAGGAGAAGCACCCGGCGGGCGACUAUGGCGACUACGGCAGGGCCAGCUCGAGCGGGUACCGUGUUGGAGAUGGCGGCGGCGGCCAGGGCGCAGCGGCUGAGUACUAUGCGAUGGCCGGUGGUGGUGGUGGUGGUGGUGGUGGUGUGCAGGGCCAGGAUUAUGGGAGGGGGAGUUAUGAGAUACCACAGCGGCCGCCCCUGGCGUUCAACCCGUCUCCCGCUCAGGUGUGA